CCAAUACACGAGGAAAAGUAUAUACAAAAAACGCAAGUUAAAAGAGAAGCCACCUUCGAUUCUCCGUUUGUAUUCGUUUAAUCAGACAAUAUAUAAUUAAUUUUUUUUUUUCUCUCAUUUCUCUUUCUGAUUUCCUCUUCUUCAUUGGUGCAUUUCAUAUUAUUUUAAUCCGUUUUUGUUCAAGGAAAUCGAGAAUCAGUUCGAGAGAGGCAUAGAUCGAUUGCUUCGUCUCUGUUUCUCUGAAUCUGAUGGAGCAGCUGAUCAACUUCAUCAUUCGUCCCCCCAGAGCUGAAUAUGACCCAGACAAUGAUUUACUAGAAGAUGAGUUCACAAUAAGGGGAAAAUUGUAUCAAAGGAGGGACCUGGAGGUUAAAAACAGUCGGGGAGAUGUACUUCAAUGUAGUCAUUACUUGCCUAUUGUUAGUCCUGAAAGAAAGCCUCUACCCUGUGUAAUUUACUGCCAUGGUAACAGUGGGUGUCGAGCAGAUGCUAGUGAGGCUGCCUUAAUAUUACUGCCUUCGAACAUUACCGUGUUUGCUCUUGAUUUUUCUGGUUCUGGACUCUCUGGGGGUGAGCAUGUCACUUUGGGGUGGAAUGAAAAGGAUGAUCUGAAAGCUGUGGUUGAGUAUUUGCGGGCUGAUGGAAAUGUCUCUUUAAUUGGUCUAUGGGGCCGUUCUAUGGGUGCUGUCGCCAGCCUAAUGUAUGGGGCUGAGGAUCCUUCAAUUGCAGGGAUGGUUCUAGACAGCCCUUUCUCUGAUCUGGUUGAGCUAAUGAUGGAACUCGUCAAAACCUAUAAGUUUCGUUUACCUAAGUUCACUGUGAAGUUUGCUAUUCAAUACAUGCGAAGAGCUAUCCAGAAGAAGGCAAAAUUUGACAUAAUGGAACUGAACACCAUUAAGGUGGCAAAAUCUUGCUUUGUACCAGUGCUAAUAGGGCACGCCAUUGAUGACGACUUCAUACAACCUCAUCACUCAGACCAUAUAUAUGAAGCUUAUGUGGGGGAUAAAAACAUUAUCAAGUUUGACGGUGAUCACAAUUCUCCACGGCCUCAAUUUUACUUCGAUUCUGUAAAUAUCUUCUUCCACAAUGUUUUGCAACCCCCAGAGGAUGAAAUAGGGGAUAUUUAUAUUAACAGUAUGACAUCCUACUUCAGUAACAAGGAUUACUGGAGAGUGGUGCAAGAAGCAGGCCCUAACCAUGGUUCUUCCACAACAUCUAGAGAUUUACCAACUAAUAGUACAGAAGGUGCCAUUAAGGAACUCCGUUCAAAAAGACCUAUGAGUCGGAUCGAGGUUCCUCCCGAUCUCCCCUCUGGAGAUAAUCCAUCCCAAUCUCAGGAUCAGAGUACGUAUAAUGACGCUGACUUGUCGUCUUCAAAUAUGAUUAGUUUCGAAUUAUCCAAUGGCCAUCCGUAUGGACGCAAUGUACCGAAUUUGAUGGAUGACGAUCAGUAUGUCGAGUAUCCACUUGAUGACUUGGCAGGGUUCCCAUGCAGUGCAGAGGAGGAAGAAAUGAUGCUCAUGGAAGCAAUGAUGAAAUCAUUGAAGGAUUUCAAAAUGAAAAACAAUGAAGAAGACGAUCAAACCUUGACUGUUUGUACCGACACGAAGGACGUUUUGCAGAAAGAUGAAUGUCGAGUUUUGCGAAUAGAUGAUUGUGGAGUUCUGCAUCCGGAAGCUACUUCCACUUCAAAUGACCAUUUUUCUCAGUUUAAUACAGAAUCUGCUUCAACUUCAGAAGUGUGCAGUAUACCUAUUGAACCAGAGUCUACUUCUGCAGCUAGGAAUUCGGUAUCGGAUCGCUCGUGUUCGGAUAAAAGUGAACCAUCUCUAGGGCCUGUAUCUUAUGCUUUUCCCUCAACUUCUGUAACAGAAAAUGCAGUGGCUUCCUCUUGUAGUAAUACGCCUGCAAAUUCCCAAAGUUCAGCCGAAACCGACUUGUCAGCCAAUACGAAGGCAACCAUAGCUGUCGUUCGCAAUCCCACAAGCCAUAUUCUGGACGGUUUGAUUCGUCGUUGGGACCUCAAUCUCUUCAGAAACAAUCAGAACCGGUGAGCCGGGAUGUUCUUGUGUUUUUUCCCCUUUGCUCCUACAGAUUGUGUGCAAUCUGAUGUUUUUGUAUUGCUGUGUAGCUAAGAAAGUUGCUUUGAUGUUAGUUUGUAAAAAUAUUAGACCCAGAAAAAAGGAAAAAAGUCGAAGAAAAGAAAGAUUCGUUUUAGGAGUUUAAUACUGAAUGUAGCCAUUUUUUUCCCACAAACAUUGUGCAAACACAUUGUACCAAUUUCUUCUGAAAAUACUUCCUUCA